AUGUCGGGAUGGCCACGGUUCCGAGGCUCACACACCUUCUCGUCCGCCGUCACCGGUGACGAGUGCACGCCGACCGCCUCUGGUGACCUGGAGAAGAUCGACUCCCGCCACCAUGAGGACGACGACCACAUCGACGUCAACAGGGAGCAACGACGCCGCGGCGGGGACGACUCACAGCACGCCCACGGCGGAGGCCAUGGCGCGCACGAGCAUGACCUGAGCCCCUGCUCCCACACCACGUCAUCGACCAGUGCUUACGCAGGCCGGGCCCCCUCGACGCUGCCCGAGCGGGUCGCCUCGCGCAUGUCCACGUCGUCGUCGGCGCUGACGUUCCCGGAGGGCGGCCUCCACGGCUGGCUGGCCGUCGCGGGCUCCUUCUGCGCCAUGCUGUCCGUCUUUGGCCUCAUCAACUCGUCGGCCGUCUUCGAGUCGUACUUCUCGGAGCACCAGCUCGCCGCGCACAGCGCGUCACAGAUCGGCUGGAUCUUCAGCAUCUACCUGUUCUGCGUCUUCUUCGUCGGCAUACAGGUCGGCCCCAUCUUCGACCGCUAUGGGGCCAGAUGGCUGGUGGCUGUGGGGAGUCUGCUUAUCGUGUCGAGUCUCAUGCUACUUGGGCUGUGCAAAGAAUACUACCAAAUUUUACUCACAUACUCUGUCAUGGGUGGCCUCGGUGGUGCUCUCCUCAACUCGCCGGCAUACGGUACCAUCGCUCACUUCUUCAAUGUACGACGCGGCUUCGCAACGGGAAUCGCCACCACAGCCGGAGGAAUCGGCGGUAUCGUGUUCCCCAUCAUGCUUCAGAAACUGCUCCCGCGCCUCGGGUUUGCCUGGAGCACUCGGAUCCUCGGCUUCAUCCUCCUAGGUGUUGCGGUGCCCUCGAACCUCUGGAUCAGGACUCGGCUGCCCCCAAGAAAACACAUCAACAACCCCCUGGAACACCACAGCUGGCGAACCAAGAUAGCGAGCGUCCUACCGGAUUUCCGAGUGUUCCGCGACAAGCGGUUCGCACUCGCCGCCACGGGCAUCUUCUUCAUGGAAUGGGGCCUCUUCAUCCCCAUAACAUUCAUCGUGUCCUACGCCGCGGCCCACGGGAAGAACGCCACAAGCUCCUACACCCUUCUGUCGCUCCUCAACGCGGGGUCGGUCGCCGGCCGGUUCCUCCCGGGCCUGAUGGCAGACCGUUUCGGCCGGUUCAACGUCAUCAUUGUCACCAUAUCGCUGUGCUGUGCGAGUGUGUUGGGGCUCUGGCUGCCCGCGAAAGACUCGCAGUCCAUAAUUAUCGCCUUCGCCGUCAUCUUUGGCUUCGCGAGCGGGAGCAACCUGGGGCUCGUGCCCGUGUGCCUGGGCCAGCUGUGCGACUCGAGGGACUAUGCGCGUUACAUCUCCACGGCGAACUUCCUGGCGAGUUUUGGCACCCUCAGCAGCGUGCCCAUUGGAGGUGCACUGCUCGGGGACGGCGGCAGGGACGGCUGGCUGGCGCUUAUUCUCUUCUCGGGCUUGUCGUACUCUGUGGCUUUGCUUUGCUACGGGUCGGCUCGAGUCUUGGCUGUGGGAUGGAAUCUCAGGACUGUCUUCUGA